AUGUCUGGUGAAGCGUGGCUCUAUCUGCUGUCAGUGUUGAUCAACGCGGUCAACCUGUUCUUGCAGGUCUUCUUUACAAUUAUGUACAGCGAUUUGGAAUGUGACUACAUCAACCCCAUUGAUCUCUGCAACCGUCUCAACGCCUACAUCAUCCCCGAAGCCGCUGUCCACGCUUUCCUGACCUUCCUGUUCGUCAUCAACGGCUACUGGCUUGCUAUUAUCCUGAACUUGCCUCUGUUUAUUUUCAAUGCGAAGAAGUGCGUCCCCAUUCCCGCUUGGGUGUUUGAGGGAGAAGUUGGUCUAACAUGGAUUAGGAUCCUCGAGAACCAGCACCUUCUGGAUGCGACCGAGAUUUUCCGCAAGCUUAACGUGCACAAGAAGGAAUCGUUCAUCAAGCUUGGUUUCCACCUCCUGAUGUUCUUCUUCUACUUGUACAGCAUGAUCGUUGCCUUGAUCCGCGACGAAUCCAACUAA